UUCUUAAUGAUUUUAUUUUUUCAGUUAAAUAGUUAAUUUUUUAUCUUUCCUGACUACACCUAUACACACCACCCAAGGCAAAUUUGAGAUUUCCUGUCCACAAAUACGAGGCCAAUGCUGAAGCGAACGUCUUAUGGCUGGUAGAUCCAAAAAGAAAGCAGGUACAGCAUCCCCUCGUAAACGAACUCGUAAAUCCAAUAGUAGCCCUGAUAAUAACCGAACCCAAGCCCCUUCUGCGGACCCCACAAGCCCCCCCAGCCCCGCCAGCCCCACCAAAUCCGUGGGGAGCCCAAACAAAAGGGUGAAACGUGAAAUUAAGGAAGAGUCGCAACUUUUAGUCGACGUUUUGACCAAAAAUAACGACAUGAUUCAAGCACGAAAAAAAGUGAAGACGGAGGCAGUCCAGGGCGAAGCUCAUGUGAUCCAAAAACUCGCAAAUUGUGUCUCAAAACUUGAGAUAGACACCCCCCAUAUGGAGGCAGGAGUGGAGCAAUACUAUCACGUGAAAAUACAAGAUUUACAAGUGGUCGUCAAUGAAAAAGCAAAAAAUGUCCGACGUUUACAGGCACAGAGAAAUGAACUAAACGCAAAGGUCCGGAUGUUGCGAGAGGAGCUCCAACUCCUCCAGGAGCAAGGAUCUUAUGUUGGUGAGGUCGUUAAACCAAUCGACAAGAAAAAAGUUCUCGUAAAAGUUCAUCCUGAAGGAAAGUUCGUCGUCGAUAUCGAUAAAGCAAUCAAAAUUGAGGACGUAACAGCAAAUUGUCGAGUCGCCCUGCGUAGUGACAGCUACGUUCUGCACAAGGUCUUACCAAAUAAAGUGGAUCCUCUCGUCUCUUUGAUGAUGGUUGAAAAAGUUCCAGAUUCAACUUACGAGAUGGUUGGUGGGUUGGAUAAACAGAUCAAAGAAAUCAAAGAAGUGAUUGAACUACCAGUAAAACAUCCGGAAUUGUUUGAAGCGCUUGGUAUCGCGCAACCAAAAGGUGUUUUACUGUAUGGACCUCCAGGAACUGGAAAAACUUUAUUGGCACGAGCUGUUGCUCAUCAUACUGAUUGUACUUUCAUUCGGGUCUCUGGAUCGGAAUUGGUCCAGAAGUUCAUCGGGGAAGGUUCGCGAAUGGUACGAGAGUUGUUCGUGAUGGCGAGGGAGCACGCACCUUCCAUCAUCUUCAUGGAUGAAAUCGAUUCAAUCGGAUCUUCACGCUUGGAAGGAGGGUCCGGAGGCGGGGAUUCGGAAGUUCAGAGGACAAUGUUGGAACUCUUGAACCAGUUGGAUGGUUUCGAAGCGCAUCAGAAUAUUAAGGUUGUCAUGGCUACAAAUAGAAUUGACAUUCUUGAUUCUGCUUUGUUGCGACCGGGACGUAUCGAUCGUAAAAUCGAGUUUCCCCCUCCUAAUGAAGAAGCUCGCUUGGACAUUCUGAAGAUUCACUCACGAAAGAUGAAUUUAACUCGCGGUAUCAACCUACGUAAGAUCGCCGAGCAGAUGCCGGGUGCAUCAGGUGCCGAGGUGAAGGGAACGUGCACAGAGGCAGGAAUGUACGCUCUUCGUGAAAGAAGGGUCCAUGUCACUCAGGAGGAUUUUGAAAUGGCUGUUGCCAAGAUCAUGCAAAAAGACACAGAGAGAAACAUGUCAAUUCGAAAACUAUGGAAAUAAGGAACUUGACAAAGACCCAUGUUACCAAUGCCUAGCUGCUUUUGUUCUCUGCACCAACCGUUGUCAAUUUAGAUUUAAAAAUUUCACAAUUUUUGCGCCAGUAGAAAAUUGUCUGUUUUGGUUUGACUUUGUUAGGAUUUUUUUGCUGUAUAGCGUCUGGCUUUGAAAUUAAUAAUUAGUUCCUCAAAAAUAGCAUGUUACCGUAUAUUUAGGAUAAACCAACAAAAUUCGUUCUAUGUUCACUGUUUAUUGCAAAUAAAUGGUUCUUGUGUGUAU